UCUCGCAAUUCGAACCGUCUAGCGUCGAUCGAGGGAGGCUCUGAACUCUACGCGAACGAUUACGUAAAAUUUAUCACCCGCACAAAGUAGGACCGGAAUUUUUCUGUUGUCCGUGAAAUGCUUUUCUGACAUUUCCCGCCGAAACCGCUGUUGUUUUAUCUAUCGUAUUGUAUUAACGUUCUCUUAGAAAUGAUUUCGCGAUUCGAUGAGAACUGACUGAUUCACCGGUCCAGUGGUUUGGGUUUCGGCGGCCCGAUAAUGAACGUGGAUUUGUUGUGGCCGGUUCUAUUGGGACAAUUACUGUGCGGUGGUGUACUGGCUCGCGAAAUGUACGAGAGAGAUGCGUACUUUUGGCACAUAACGGACAUACAUUACGACGGCCAUUUUAAUUCCCACGCCGACAUUAGAAAAGGCUGUUGGAGGCCGGAGUACGAUGGGAACAACGGAAAGAGGCCGCAAAGGAAACCUUUAGGGCCCUAUGGCGAUUACAGUUGCGACUCCACAUGGGAGCUAAUAGAGUCCGCUUCUAGAACCAUGAUGAGUCGGCAGAGCGACAACGUGGAGUUCGUUUUAUGGACGGGGGAUGGCCUGUCCAAAGCGAUUCGUCAUUUGCCGGAAAGCCGACAGAUGGAGACGAUGCAGAAUCUAACGGAUCUCCUUAGGAAGACGUUCACGUCGCAGUUUGUUUUUCCCGCCCUUGGCCACGACGAUCCCAUGGCUAAAAAAGAACUCGGCAAGAUGUGGGCCCAAUGGUUACCGACGGACGCAAUGAAAACUUUCGAAGCAGGCGGUUAUUACGAAAUCGAACGGAAGUCACACAAACUUCAAAUCGUGGUCCUGAAUACAAACCUGAUGAAACGCCCCGAGGAAAAGGACGAGGACGCUAUGAGGCAGUGGGACUGGCUCGAGAAUGUGCUGGAAAAAUUCAAAAGAAGUGGAUUAACGGUAUACUUAGUGGGUCACAUUCCCCCGGGCCGCGAUGAAAGGCACAAAGGUCCCACGCAACAGAGCCAUUUCAUGUAUACGAAUCACCACAACACGAGAUAUUUAAAGAUUGUGCGGCAGUAUUCGUCAAUAAUUGUUGGCCAGUUUUUCGGCCACUGGCAUUCAGACACCUUCAGGGUUAUGUACGACAAUAACAAAAACCCUGUGUCCUGGGCAAUGCUAGCGCCGUCAGUGACUCCGAAACGAACUCACGAUGGCCCGAACAACCCCGGAUUGAGACUAUACAAAUUCGAUAAAGACACUGGACAAGUGUUCGAUUACUGCCAAUACUACCUGGACCUGUCCAGUGCAAAUUUCAAUGGCAAAGCCGAAUGGGUCGUUGAAUAUAACUUCAGCACUUACUACGGUAUUAGCGACAUAAAUCCGGCGAAUUUGCAUAGUCUGGCGGAGAAGUUGACCCAACCGACCCAGGAUAGUGUUACCGACAACAAUAGCUUGUUCAAUAAAUACUACAGAGCAAACUCCGUCAAAAUCAACUCGCGGACAUCCAACAACUGCGACGUCCAGUGCAUUUAUGGCCAUUAUUGCGCAAUAACGAAAAUGGAUUUCGAUGAACACGACGAAUGCCUAAGGGGCAUUCCGAACCACCUUAAUUCGGCAACCGCGCAUUUCGAAGACAGAUUUUCCCUUGUAGCUCUGUUACUCGUGUUGUGUCAUUUUUGCGUCUGCAGGGUUUAAUUUUUUAGAUAUUUUCCGCAUAACCUGCUGCACAGUAAUCCGUUUAAAUCAAUGGUAUUCGUCGUCGUGUCGUCCGCUUGCGGUAAAGCGACUUGGAACAAAUCAAAAAUUUAAAAAUAUAUAUAUAUUUACGUGUAAUUUCUAACAAAAUAAGAAAUUUAAUUUUGGCUUGUUUCUUUGGAAGGUGUUUUUCGUUUUUAGGAAAAGCGCUAAUUAAGUGUAAAUAAACAAAGUUGUACAUAACUGUAUCAAAUAAUAUAAGUAUAUCUAUACUUGUCUAUAAUAUUCCGAUGUAAAUUUUUUAAUAUGGCUGUGGUUUUUAUAAACAAAAAAAAUUUUAGGUAUCGACAAUUGUAAAGAGUGUUGAAAAUGUUGAUUGUUACUGUUUUCAACACUCUUCAUAUGUUAAAAUUUUAGUGUAACUGUAAGCUUCUAUUGUAAAACCAACUACACGGAACAAAUCGAGAACCUUUCGAUUAAAUGUCAAAAAUCUAUAUUUUAAGCUGCAAAAUUAAGGGUUUCGAUUUCAACUUUUAACAGUCUUCAGUAUAUUUUCGAAUUUUCCAUGGAUUUUGCUUUUUAUUUAAUUUCCUUCAUUUUUGUAAAUUCAUUUCUUCAGCUUUGUUACAUAAUUAUUGUUUAUUUGAAAAGUUUUAUUUAGAUAUAAAUAUUUAGUAUUUGAAGAAUUUAAGACGUUUAUAUAAAAAAGAGUUGAAGUUUUAAUAGUCUGUGAUAGUGUUUAAUUGCGAGAAGGUCCAAAUAAAUUCAAUUUCCCUUUUUUUUUUCCGCUAACGUAUUUUAUGUAGUUUCGUUUGUGUAACACGACAAAGUACUGUAAAACAUAAUUAAAUAAAUAA